AUGUCGUACCCUCAACUUCCGCCCCUGACGCCUCUGAAGCCUCUUCCUGGCGCUUUCGAGACGCCGGCGCCCGACAAUGCGCUGUACCCACCGCGAACCACAUCAUCGGCCCAACAGAGAGCGCAACGAUCAAGCCCGGGUGGCCCGCCUGUACUGCCCAGGUUUCCCCCGUCAAUAAAACCAGCACCCCAGGAUUUGAACACAGAAGAACGUGCGGCGCGGACGGUCAAUGACACACUCACACAGGAGGCGCGGUACCCCGACCUCGAUAGCUAUUUAUCUCAGGGCUUUUCAUCCGAUUAUGACAUCCCCGAGUCAUCAACAUGGGCGCCUUUUCAGAAAGUCAAGAUGUACAGCAUCCCCGACCAGAUCUUCGACCAGUAUAACCUAGCACAGGUCUCUACCAGCAUGGGACUGUUGGCGGAGCUGAACCACGCGUGGGUUGCCAUAGAUAACGCAUUGUACCUCUGGGAUUAUACGCGCACGAAUCCGCAACUGGUAGGAUUCGAGGACCAACCGAACAGCAUUAACACGGUCAAAUUGGUCAAACCGCGUGCCGGAGUGUUCCUACCUAGCGUUACCCAUUUGCUCGUAUUAGCAACAACUGCAGAGAUUAUUCUGCUGGGAAUGAAGUGUGAACCGACGCCUGCAGGUGGCAAACAGGUGACGCUGUAUCAGACGGGAAUGUCUACAUCUAUCCGCGGAUUAGACAUUCACAUCAUCGCUUCGUCGGACGUGACGGGCCGCAUCUUCUUUGCAGGGUCUUCCGACAACGACGUAUAUGAGCUUACAUAUCAACAAGAGGAGAAAUGGUUCCAGGGUCGGUGUUCCAAGAUCAACCACACAAGGUCUCGCAUCUCACAAUUAGCGCCGUCUCUAAAGAACUUCGCGCUAAGGGCACCGGAGCAAAUUGUGCAAAUGGAGAUGGAUGAUUCCAGACGGCUGCUAUAUACAUUGUCUUCGGAUUCUACCAUUAGAGUAUUCCACUUGAGGCCAGACGGAUCAGUUGUUCUCGCCAUCACGAAACCAGCGCUCGAUAUCUACGCCAAUAUUGGUCACAUUAUCGCCUCGAACGAAGCGCUGAACUCAAAAGUGAAGAUUGUUUCAAUCAGUCCCAUCUCGGCCGCUGAAGCGUCAAGAUACCAUUUGAUGGCUACCACCGCCACUGGUUACCGCAUCUACCUGAGCGCCACCGGUUCGUACAGCUGGUCCCCUGCUCCGAACGGCGCCAAUGCUCCAACGAGCAUGCAAGCCCAUUAUGUCAAGACGCCUCCUUUUGACAACCCUGCCCCUGUGUAUCAAGGCCAGAACCGUUACCAACCCUCGCUGGCAGCCACCAGGGUUCCAAUUUAUACCCUCUCUCCCACUACUACCUCAGCACGCUACCCUCCGGGUUACUUCUUCUGCUUCACGUGCCAGGACAGCACACAGAAAUCAGAUACGUUAUUUAUCUCGGCUCCGGACUCAGGGCGCGUUGCUCGGUCUCAAGAGAACGUUCUCCCAGGCAAAGCGGCAGAAACCGGUAUAUGGCUAUCGUUGGGCAGUAGAAUGGAGGACCUCGGAAUGAGCUCACCAACAACGCCAGCUUCGACAACCCCUAGUGGCUUUGGUAACGAACUCGCCGUUCAAUUUGAGAACCCAUCCGCGGAGAUUGCGAUCCUGACGAACACGGGCAUUCACGUGUUUCGAAGGCGGCGUCUCGUUGACAUUUUUGCUGCUUUGGUGCGUAACGGAGGCAGUGGGGGUGAGGAAGGUCUUGAGGGCGAAAUCAAAAACUUCAUUCGCACUUACGGACGCGGCGAGACCCUUGCCACUGCCCUCGCAGUAGCCUGUGGACAGGGUGUGGAGGUUUCUACAGACUCUCGGUUAUCAAAGAUCAAUGACCCCGACGUGCUUGAGUUUGCCCGUAAAGUUUUCGUCGAAUAUGGCGGCCGACCAACGCUGAAUGAGAAUGCUGUCGCUGAUAAUUCAACUCCCGCCAUUGACACAGUCGUCCCGUCACCCCGACACACGGGAAUCGCUCUCUAUGUAUCACGAAUACUACGGUCGGUAUGGAAGAAGGAAAUAGCGACAACUGGCGGCGCGCCCGGCGCUGCGCAAACAAUCUCAUCCUCUUUCCCACCAGCUAAACUGCAGGCCGUCCAACACGAUCUGUCUGCUUUACAGGAGUUCUUUAAAACAAACAAGAGCUUCAUUGAAGGACUGAGCGGCCCCGAAGCACUUGCGCGGGUGUCCACAAAGCAGGAAGAACUUGAGCUCCAGGCAGAGCAUCGUGCACUUCACUCGCUUGUGCAGCUGGUAUCUCGCACUAUUGAAGGUAUCUCGUUCGUGACAGUUUUGUUCGAUGAGAAGGUCGAAGAGAUCGUCGCAUUAUUACCCGAGGAGUCCAAACAGAAAUUCCUCAAACUAACAUACGAGGAACUUUUCAGCACUACCAAGGGCCACGAUAUCGCAAAGGAACUGGUGAAGGGAAUUGUUAACAGAAACAUCGCAAAGGGAGCCAACGUCGAGACGGUAGCGGAUGCCCUACGCCGGCGAUGUGGCAGCUUCUGCAGCGCCGAAGACGUCGUAAUCUUCAAGGCGCAGGAACUUCUCAAACGUGCUACCGAAGCCGGCGGCAACUCAGAACUGGGCCGCAACCUGUUAAACGAGAGUCUACAGCUCUUCCAGAAAGUGUCAGAAAAUCUGCCCAUGGACUAUUUAGAGCCCGCAGUAGAAAGUUACAUAUCGAACCAAUUCUUUGGUGGUGCUAUUCAACUUGCUUUGAAUGUCGCUGGCCGAUCAGACAAGGCAAAUAUGGGACAGGCAUGGAUGAUGGACGGCCAACCGUCACCGGAUCCUCGGAAAGACUACUACCUGUUCCGGAAACAAUGCUACGAGCUGGUCUUCAAAGUUGUUCUGGCGGUCGACAAGCUUGCUGCCCAGGAUCCUGGCGUUGUUGACGGACAGCUAACACCGAUCGCCAAACGCAAGAAUGAUGCUUACUCCAUGAUCGCCGCAUCAGAAGAUCAAGUAUUUUUGACGUGCUUAUAUGACUGGUACCUGGAGCAGGGGUGGAGCGAUCGGCUACUGCGAUCUGAGUCUAAAUUCGUCGUUGAGUACCUCAAGCGAAAAUCAACAGAUGACAUUUCGCACGCGGACCUUUUAUGGCGGUAUUACACCCAAUCCGAGCGCUUCUUUGAGGCCGCGCAGGUCCAAUUAGAGCUCGCCCAAAGUUCUUUCAUCCUCCCUCUCAGCCGGAGAAUUGAGUACCUCGGCCAAGCACGGGCCAACGCAUCAACCUUUACACAAGACGUGGGCCGACAAGCCCGACAGCGUCUACUGCAACAAGUCUCCAACCUCAUCGACCUCGCAAACGUCCAAGAUGAUCUUCUACAGCACCUAAAGGACGACGCACGGAUACAGCCCGAGGCCAAAGCCAAGGCUCUGGAGGAAGUUGACGGCCCGAUCAUGGAGGUCUCUACCAUAUUCAACCAAUACGCCGACCCCGCCAGCUACUACGACAUUUGCCUGCAAAUCUUCCACAUAGCCGACUACCGCAACCCCGCCGACGUCCGCGCCACAUGGCAACACCUCCUGCAGACCCUCCACGACGACACCGUCGCCCUCGGCUCCUCCGGCCCCCUCCCCUACGAAGCCGUGAUCGACAAGCUCCGCUCCCUAGGCGCGCGCCUGCGCAUGUCCGACGCCGUCUUCCCAAUCCCCAUCCUCCUCCCCAUGCUCGAGCGCUACGCCCUCGAACACCAGCGCAACGUCGGCCCCGCCACCUGGGUUAUCGACACCUUCUUCGACCUCGGCGUCGCCCAUGAAACAAUAUACACGGUCCUCGAAUCAAUGUACUACACCGACGAAGCCCCCUUCCACGGCAGCAACCGCAAGGUCAUUGCGCGCGACCUUCUUUACACCAUCGAGCAUUGGUUCCAUGAUACCGUGCGUCUGGGUGGUGUGGUCUUCGGCAGCGACGUUAUUGCCGACCGCGUGGAGGAGAUGCUUACACUGCUUAUGCAGGGCGGGAUUAGUGCGGAUCAGAUGGCGGUGGCGCAUGAGUUGCGCGCGCGGAUCCAGAAUAUUUUGCGAUGA